UUUGACCUCAAGUUCAAAGGUAAAUUGUCGACCAAUCGGGAUAAAAGUGACUGCAGAGUUGAAAGUUUACUUCAGUCAUCAUUCCCAACAUGUCAGCGCCCUUGCGGUUCGACGGGAAAGUUGUUUUAGUGACUGGCGCUGGAAAUGGGCUGGGACGGGAGUAUGCCUUAUGUUUUGCAGAGAGAGGGGCAUCAGUGGUCGUGAAUGACCUAGGAGGAAACUUUAAAGGUGAAGGAAAGAGUUCCCGCCCUGCUGAUGUAGUGGUGGAGGAAAUCAGAGCCAAAGGAGGAAAAGCCGUUCCUAACUAUGAUUCUGUUGAAGAAGGAGAGAAGCUGGUGAAAACUGCACUAGAAAACUUUGGUCGUAUUGAUUCUAUGAUUACAGAUAGAUUGUACAUUACAGAUAGAUUGUACUACAGAUAGAUUCAUGCUCGCAUCAGUGACCAGGAUUGGGAUUUAAUUCAUAAGGUCCACUUGAGGGGUUCCUUCCAGGUAACUAGAGCAGCAUGGCCACACAUGAAAAAUUGUGUUAAAAGGGGUCUAAUUAUCAUGGUGACUUCUGCAGCUGGUAUCUAUGGUGUUGAUGUGAUUUCAUUCUCUUUGUUAGCUAAGCUGGGCCUUCUUGGCCUUGGGAAUACCCUUGCUAUUGAAGGAAAGAAGAACAACAUUUUCUGUAACACCAUAGCUCCAAUGGCUGGAUCCAGAAUGACAGAGACCGUCCUGCCUCCAGAUAUUGUGGAAGCCCUGAAGCCUGAGUAUGUAGCACCCCUUGUUCUAUAUCUGUGUCAUGAAUCCUGCACCGAAAACGGGUCGCUAUACGAAUGUGGAGCAGGGUGGAUUGGGAAACUGAGAUGGGAGAGAACCCAAGGAGCUGUUUGCCGUGAGGCAGGGAGAAGAAUGACCCCAGAGGAUGUUCGUGACAACUGGGACAAAAUUUCGGACUUCAGAAAUUCUACACAUCCCAAAAGUACAACAGAGUCCUCUGCAUACAUGAUGAAUGUUCUGAAGGACUUGGACAUGGAGCCUUCACCAUCACCGCAAUCAUCUUCAGGGACAGGAGGCAUAGACAUUGAGGCAGCUAAAGCACAUAGAGGACCACCCAGUCAGUUCACCUACACAGAACGAGAUGUCAUUCUGUAUGCUCUUGGAGUUGGUUCAUCCACUAAGGAGCCGGAUUACCUGAAGUUUCUGUUUGAGGGGGCUGGAGAUUUCUGUGUCCUCCCCAGUUUUGCUGUCAUUCCUGCCUUUAAUUCCCAGACAGGGAUGAUGAUGGGGGGCCUACCAGGAUUCCAGAUUGAUUUGACUAAGGUUCUACAUGGAGAGCAAUAUACAGAAGUGUACAAACCCCUCCCAACCAAGGCUACACUGACCUCUAAAUCAAGAGUAGUGGACAUACUGGACAAGGGAUCAGGGGCAGUUCUUAUUGUCAAUGUGGAAACCUUUGAUGAAAACAAUGAGAAGGUUGCAUUUAACCAGUUCAGUACAUUUGUGGUUGGUGCUGGGAAAUUUGGAGGAAAGCGGAAUUCUGAUGAAGCCAAACCCACAGUUAAUCCUCCCAAAAGACCCCCUGAUGCCAGCAUUAGUGAGAAAACCAGCGUGGAUCAGGCUGCCCUUUACAGAUUAAGUGGGGACAGAAACCCUCUUCAUAUUGAUCCUAGCUUUGCUGCCAUGGGAGGGUUUGCAGAACCGAUUCUACAUGGAUUGUGUAGCUAUGGAUAUGCCACAAGGCAUGUUCUACGACAAUACUGCAACAAUGAUGUGUCUAAAUUCAAAGCAAUCAAGGUGAGAUUCUCUAAGCCUGUAUUACCUGGUCAAACCAUACAGACAGACAUGUGGAAGGAAGGAAGCAGGGUCUACUUCCAGUGUAAGGUUUUGGAGAAUGGGAAUAUCAGCUUGUCUGGUUCCUACAUUGACCUCAACGAAGGAGGGGCACCAGCAGUAUCACAAGCCCCCAGUAACCUGGCUUCUGAUGCGUUGUUUAACGACAUGGCACAGCGAGCCGCGUCACAACCAGAGCUGGCCAAGAAAAUCAAUGCUGUCUUCCUCUUUGAGAUCACUAAAGACAAGAAAGUGGCAGCUAAAUGGACUGCUGAUAUGAAGACAGGAGGGGGAGUGUAUCAGGGGGGACCUAAGCAGGGCAAGGCUGACUGUACCCUGACCAUUGAUGACCAGGCAUUGAUAGACAUGGCCGCUGGCAAACUAGACGGACAAACAGCUUUCAUGAAAGGAAUUUUAAAGUUGAAAGGAAAUAUGAUGUUGGCUCAGAAACUUGGUGAUCUUCUAAAGCCAGGAUCUGCUGCUCCGUCUUCUAAGCCUUCUAGCAGUUCCAGUCUGAUGAGUGAUGGGCUGUUUGAAGAAAUGGCCAAACGGGCAAAAUCUCAGCCUGAUGUCGCUAAGAAAAUCAAUGCUGUCUUCUUGUUUGAAAUUACAAAGGAUGGCAAACCUGCAGCAAAGUGGACUGCAGACAUGAAGACAGGAGGAGGGAUAUACAGGGGGGCACCUAAACAAGGAAAGGCAGACUGUACCCUCACUAUUGACGACAAAAACAUGGUGGACAUGGCUACAGGCAAACUCAAUGGACAAACGGCAUUCAUGAAAGGUCUUCUGAAGCUGAAGGGGAACAUGAUGCUGGCCCAGAAGUUAGGCUCCCUGUUUGGAGAGACCUCAAAGCUCUGAAUGUUUGACCCAGUCCACAGGACCCACAGGCCAUGUGACUCUGUCAGAAGGAACCCCAGACCAUGUGGUUCAGAGGAACAAUGUACUGCAAUGUUGAAAUGUUACUGAAUACUGUGAAGAAGUGAUUUAUUUAAUUGUUAAUGAUGAUGAUUAAAACUUGAUCAUACCUUUUUAAAAGAAAUGGAUGAUUAUGAAAAGUGAGGAUUUUUUAGUUGACUUCUGCAAUGUAUGUGAAAGAAACAUUAUAAAAAUUGUAUUUGAAAUAUUGUCAAGUGAUUUGUGUGUGAUUCCACAGCUGUAUCUGUGAUAUUUAGAUUUUUAUCUACUUUCCAUCAAAUCAAAUACAAGUAUGACCCUUUGUGCAUGUGUAUUAUGAGCAACAUUUGUCAUCAUAAUAUGUUUACAAAUAAAUUAAUUUGCAUUA